GUGGCGCUCUGAUAGCUACGUAACUUCCGCUAUUUCGUCAUCACCUAGCGACGUUUUUUCCGGCCGCCGCAAGUGGUUGAAGCGAAUUACCUCGUUUGAAAAAUAUGGCACCAUCACCCACAAAGCGGAAGGAGGAGGAAAAAACUAAAGAUAGAGGCAAAGAAAAGACUGGUACCAAGGAAGGAGACAAGGAGAGAGGACGGGAGAAAGCAAGGAAACGCCGCAGUGCCUCUACCGGCACUAGCAGCAGGUCCAGGUCUAGUUCUACUUCAAGCAGCAGUUCGGGUUCCAGCUCGGGUUCCUCAAGUGGAUCCAGCUCAUCUGGUUCCAGCCGCUCUGGAUCUUCAAGCUCUCGUUCCUCCUCCUCUUCCAGCUCCUCAGGCUCCCCCAGCCCCAGCCGUAGACGCCAUGACAACCGCCGCCGCUCCCGCUCAGCGUCAAAAACACAGAAGAGGGGAGAUGAUAAGGAGCGAAGGAAAAGAAGCCCGAGCCCCAAACCAACUAAAGUUCACUUAGGGCGGUUGACUAGGAAUGUCACCAAGGACCACAUCCAGGAGAUAUUUGCCACUUAUGGAAAAAUCAAAAUGGUGGAAAUGCCAACGGACAGGGUCAACCCAAACCUGUCCAGGGGUUACGCUUAUGUCGAGUUUGAGACUCCUGAGGAGGCCCAGAAGGCCCUGAAACACAUGGAUGGAGGUCAGAUUGAUGGACAGGAAAUCAGUGCAUCUGCCGUGCUGGCUCAAAGAGUCCGCCCUCCACCUCGUAGACCUUCUCCCCCUCGCAGAAUGCCCCCACCACCGCCUAUGUGGCGUCGGAGUCCACCUCGCAUGAGGAGGAGGUCCCGCUCCCCGAGGAGGCGUUCCCCUGUACGCCGCCGUUCUCGCUCCAGAUCUCCCGGUCGCAGGCGCCACCGCUCUCGCUCCAGCUCUAACUCCUCUAGAUAGAUGGGCGUGACCUCUUAGAUUCUCUGACACCAGAUCAGCUGCAGUUCCUGCUUUCCCAGAUCUCAUGGACUCAUCAGAAAUAGAAACAUCUGCAUUGUAGCCAACAAAAAGAUCUACCUGCAUGUAGAAAGUGGAAAUGUUUUUAUUUUAUUCUUUUUGUGCAAAUGUGAGUUUCUUUUUCAUAUUUUGUGUUAGGUUGAUCCUGUAGAACUGUCUCAGUAUUCAUGUUAAGUUUGUGCUCCACUGAGAUCUACAAAUAUUUCUUUUGAAGUGAGACUUCUUUUUACCAUGUACUGAAUUUUUAGACAUUUUUAAAAAUAAAAAUGCUGAAAUGUG